AUGGAGGCAGGGCAAAGGCUGCCUUUGUCCUUCUGUGGGCAAAGCAGGAUAGAUCUCUCACACUACCAAGCUGUUAUAGGAAAAUCCUUGGGGUCACUUGGUUUGCCAAACAAAGACACAAGCCAGGAGUAUAAGGAGCAAAACAGCAGCCGGUAGGCCUGAUCUUUAUUCAAAGACUGUUGCAACAGGACUUCCACCCACCACAUGGAAGAAGCAGGAAGAGGCCCUGAAUAAAGGGAUGUUUCCUCUUUUAUAAGUUUCCCCUUUUCCCAUAAACAGCUUUGUUGAAGCAUCAUGCAUACAUCACAGAUACAUCAUACAUAUGUCACAAAGAACCGGUUCAUCAGGUUUGCCCCCAUCUCUCCCUUGCCUUCCACCUCACACCCAUCAAAGGAAAUAUUUACAAGCUCCUGGGUUUCACACUUCUUUGUCUUGACUGAGAACCCAAUCCUUUCCUGGAUGGUUUCCUGUUGUCCAUGUGAUGACUACCUGUCUGGCACACAUUUGCCAGGAUGCCAGUGAUAAUCUCUUGUGCAAGAGGCUGCUGUGUAGUUGUCACAGGCUUCAGGGAUUAUGGCUGCCCUCACUCAUGUCCCAAGCUCUCCGCUUCGGUAGUCCUUUGUUCCCUGAGUAAAAUGAAGUUGGAACGGUGUCGAUCCGGACGUGGGGCUGAUUUUAUAUGAAUAUUUGAAGGUUUUGCUGCACCUGGGACAGGUGAAGGCUGUGCGACCUUGAACAAGAUACAACGCAGCAAAACUGUGGUGAGUUUUUAUGGGGGUACAGUGGUACCUCAGUUUACAAACUUAAUCCGUUCUGGAAGUGUGUUCUUAAACCGAAACCGUUCUUAAACCGAGGCGUGCUUUCCCUAAUGAGGCCUCCCUCCAUCAGUGCCCUUCCACCGUUCGGCUUCCUUUCUCAGACUGAGGUAAAGUUCGCAAACCGGGACACUACUUCCAGUUUUGUGGAGUUCGUGAACCGAAUAGUUCAUAAACAGGGCUGUUCUUAAACUGAGGUACCAAUGUAUUUACAAAAUUGAAUGGUGUUGGUUUGGGGGAUGGUCUGGAGGUGCAGUGUCCCAUUUAACUGGAAACAAACCAUUAUAAAAAUUCCGGUAACAAAGCUAUAGCGAGAUGGCCACUUUAGGCUGGUGUUUUUGAGUGUUAUGGAAGGGUAGAAAUUACUAGUCAGAGCAAAUUUAUUAUUGUUACAUUUUUGAUGCCAGAGAGGAGGAGUAAUCCUUGCUGGAUUUUCUGCCUCAGGUACAGAAAAUAACUUAGCCGGCCUUGAGGUGACUAGUGGGCAACUCCCAUCUCUUGCGGGGGCGCAAUUAGUGCCAGCACCGUCCGUUAAGAGUUUGGGUGUAAUCUUCGACACCUCCCUUUCCAUGGAGGCGCAGAUUGCAGCUACAACAAAGGCAGCAUUUUUCCAUCUCCGCCAAGCUAAGCAGUUGGCUCCUUACCUCUCUCGCCCUGACCUAGCCACUGUGAUCCACGCAACGGUCACCUCCAGACUGGAUUAUUGUAACUCGCUCUACGUGGGGCUGCCCUUGAGACUGACCCAGAAACUCCAGCGGGUGCAGAAUGCUGCAGCGAGACUCCUUACGGGGUCUUCGCUGCGAGAUCACAUUCACCCGGUGCUAUACCAGCUGCACUGGCUCCCGGUGGAGUACAGGAUCAGGUUUAAGGUGCUGGUUUUAACCUUUAAAGCCCUCGUACCUACGGGACCACCUCUCCUGGUAUGUCCCACAGAGAAACUUACGGUCUUCAAAUAAAAACAUCUUUAAGGUCCCAGGCCACAGAGAAGUUAGGCUGGCCUCAACUAGAGCCAGGGCUUUUUCGGCCGUGGCUCCAAUCUGGUGGAACACUCUGUCACAAGAGACCAGGGCCCUGCGGGACUUGACAUCUUUCCGCAGGGCCUGCAAGACAGAGCUGUUCCACCAGGCCUUUGGCCAGGGCACAGCCUGACUCCCUCCCUCGGCAAUCUUCGCGGAGCUCUGGCCCAAUGGUUGCCAGUGGCUUGAAUUAAUUAAUUUUAUAAUGAAUGAUUUUAGAGUGUUGUUUGUGCUGUACUUUUGUACUGUUUUAUUGUUGUUAGCCGCCCUGAGCCCGGCUUCGGCUGGGGAGGGCGGGAUAUAAAUAAAAUUUAUUAUUAUUAUUAUUAUUAUUUAGUAUGCACCUUGCCUUGUGUGCUGGUGAAGCGCUAUAACCUGCUUCACCUCAGUCAGCAAAAUGUCUUGGGCCUUGUCUCCAGGCCCAAUAUUUUCUCUCAAGAGAUUCGGGAGGGGAGCAGUUUCACUCCCAUGCUUCCGGGCAUUGACAGGAUGGAUUAUUCUGCUUCAGCUUUCUCUCCCUCAGGUGAACAUAGGGAAAAGGGAAACUGCACCAGAACCUUUUGAAUAUAUUUAAAAAUGGUAUCUUAGGAAUAGUAUCCAAUAUCUAUAUUGUUUUGGACGCUUGCUGAAAACGUUUCUGCCCAGGCACCUGAUUUACUUGUCUACAUUUAAAGUUGUGUUGAGUUUUUAACCCGGAGAAAACCACCAGUGUUUGUGGAUUUUGCUGGGUUACUUUAUUUGUAACCUGCUUGGAGAGCUUUUUAAUUUUUUUAUCAAGCAGUUUAUACAUUUUCUAAACAAACAAAAUGCGCCUCAACACUUGGGCUAAGCUUUUCGUGAAUACAAUGUGGGAGAUAUUAAUAGUUGCAAUGCUGCUCUGAAAGCAUCUGUAUCCCUUUGCAGAAAGGCAAGGUGUAAAUUUAAUAGGAACAACAAAAAAGUGAACCAACAAAGUAGAAUAUUAUCAGGUUUGAGGGUCUGGUGCCUUCAAAGGAGACCAGUACAGUAGUAUGACUUAAAUAAAAAUACAGAGUAGUAUCCAAUGUGAGUCCUACUCAAAGCAGGACCACCGAAAUUAAUGGGCCUGACUAACCUUGUCCUAUUAAAUUCAGUGGGUCUACUCUGAGUAGGACUAAGUUGGAGACAAUCCACAUGUUUGAAUUGCGCAGGAGCAUGUACGCUCCUUAAAAUGAAAGUGUGAAGCCUGCUGUAGGAACAAUGUGAAAUCACUUCUUACGCCAAGUGGAUACACAGCUUAAUUUUGCUGAGAUGGCAAGGGAUGAAACCAACAGUAGGGAUUUCUGUGUGAGAGCGUAAGAACACAAACGUCACAAAUAUCUGUAUCUUCAAAUGAAAUUAUUGACUCGGGGAAUAAAGUUGUAUACCUUUUAUAAGGCAAGUGGGGCAAUCCCUGGCUUAGCUCAGUUGGCAGAGCAAGAGACUCUUAAUCUUAGGGUUGCAGGUUCGAGCCCCAUGUUGAGCAAAAAGGUUCCUGCUUUGUAGGGGGUUCGACUAGAUGACCCUCGUGGCCUUUUCCAGCUCGACAGUUCUGUUAUUCUACCUGUGUACUGAACUCCUAUCGUGGCUUGGUCAGUUUGGCGGGUGGCGGCAGGAAAAUGGAAAAAAAGUACUUUGGCUUUGCUUAAAUACACACAGGACAAUUCCCAGUAAUUUUUGAUUGUUUGACUAGGAGGGUGUGUGUGUGUGUGUGUGUGUGUGUGAUGAGAGCUUUCCCAGGGUUGCCUAGCAACCCUAAACCACAACGUGCUUAUUUCCUUCUAGGUCAGAUCAGGAUAUAGGCUGAUCAUUAUCAACAGAACAGAGCUGGAGGAGAGACCAGAGAACCAGGAUGAGCAGAUGCUAAACUAGGUUUCUAUUUAGAGAACUCUAAAUCUUGGGUCUGGCUUGUGAUGCACCGAUCUUAUUUUUAAUAGGCCAAUAAAUUUUGCAGUACAAAAAGCCUAGUCAUAAGCUGUGUUAAAGAAAAUUAGUUUUUUCCUCUUGAAAUGGGCACCUUAAGUCAUCAUGUGCCUUGACCAUGGUGUGGUGUCAUGUCUGAAUUGUGGCGCGAUGGCUUCCCAGAAACUAGGGAAUCAUGAGGGGAAUGUGUCUGUAGUGAGGGUCUGGGAGAUUUCAAACGGAUAAAGGGUGUUACUGAAUAAUUACAGUACUGGUUGCCCCAUACUGACUUCACCCGUUACAUGAAGCGACAGAGGAUAUAAAUGAUAGUUAGCAGGGGAGUACUUUUCCGUUUGUCAGGUUACUACAGACCAGAGUUCUUCAACCUUGGGUCUUCAGGCGUUGUGGGACUACAACUCCCACCAUCCCUGGUGAUUGGCUCAGUUGGCUGGGAAUGAUGGGAGUUGUAGUCCAACAACAUAUGGGGCCCAGUGUUGGAAGAAGGCUGCUUAUCAUAGGCCGUGUGCCCACUAUAAAGUACAUUCAAAGCACAUUCUUUCCCCUCAAAUAAUUCUUGGCACUGUAGUUUGUUAAGGUUUGCUGGGAAUUGCAACUGUGUGAGGGGUAAACUACAAUGCCCAGAAUUCUUUGUGUUAAGUUGUAGGUGAACAUAUCAGACAACACAGCGAUUCUUCAAACAGCUCUUGUUUAUUCACAGGCCAGAACAGGACUGAACUGAAGGGUUCAGCCAGCCUGCUUAUAUAGAGCUCUACUAGAACGUAACAGUAACCACUUUCUGUAACUAUCCAAUCACUGAACGUCACUUUCAAUCCCUUAUUUGCAUAUGCGGACCUGAGUGAAAACUAUCUACAGUAUCCCCCUGCUGGCCCAGGGUGAGAACUUCAGUACAUAACACUUUGAAGGGGGGAAAUGUGUUUCAAAUGUGCUUUAAAAGCAUAGUGAGCAUACAGAGCAAAUUGGUCAAAGCUCCCACUAUUCUCUUUGUGGUGACCGUGCACUGCUGCUGAAUAUGUGUUUCUGAAGAAUGGGAUCGAGAAGGAAGCUUGAUAACUUUGCUUUCAGAAUGACGCCAUGGGCUUUAUAGCAGAAAGGUUUUAGGAGCAAAGAAAAAUACGUGGUUCUACAUCUUUUAAAUCCCCACCCCUCAUAAUUAUUUUGCAUCAUUGCAGGUUGUCCAUUUGAGGGUUUCACUAACUGAUUUGCCAGAUCCAAGAACAAUUCUGGGAGAAAGAAGGUAAGCCUAUAGACUGCAAUCAGCUGUGAGUUGGCCCAUGUGUCCAUUGUGGCAACAAAGGGCACACAAGAGGCAUGUUUUUAUCUUUGCGUGUAUUGCUAUAAAUGUAAAAAAAAAGAAGGCUGAGCAAAUUCAUAUGUGGUUGGCCACUGGGAGAACAGCACACUGGACCAGAUAGGCCUUUAGCCUGAUCCGGAUUCUACCCAUGUCUGUGAGCCAUGAUAGCUAAAUAGAACCUGCACAUUCAGAGUAUAUUGCUGAAUACCAGAGGUGGGGAUCAACAACAGGGAAAUGCAGCAGAACAUUGACUUUGACUCAGCUGAGGCAGUUUUAAAAUGCUUGCACUCUUCUUACCUCAUUUCUUUCAUACCAGCCAAUGUUUUCCAUUUUUGAAAAGGCCUGGGAGCGCUUAACGACAAAGUAAAUAAGAUAGCCACUUCCACAUAAGCAACAUAUAAUAAGUACGUUGGCCAGAACCCUCAGGAAUCUUCUCAGAUGGAUGUUCUCAUCUUUGUUGCUUUCUUGCUCAUCUACAAUUGACUCCUUAAGAAAUGCAAUAAACCACAAGGAGAGAUGAUUUGCAGCCCCAUCAUAUAUAUGUGCUUGCUUGGACACAAAUCCCCACCCGUUAGUGUGUUUUGGAUUGUGGAGCCGCUUGUGGAACAAAUGCACUGGUGGUUUCUAAACAAAGCAUUCCAUAUGCCCCAAAGAUGCAGUGAAGUGUUGGAUUUAACCUUUAAAGUCCGGAAUGGUUUGGGUCUUUGUUAUUUGAAGGACUGUCCACAUCCAAAUCAACCAACCCACACUUUGAGAUCAGUGAUGGUUGCCUGCUGCAAUGACUGGUAAAAUUGGUGGGCACAAUGGAGAAAGGGACUGUUUCAUGGUGGCCCAAUGGCUUUGGAGGCGCCUCAAGACAACCUCUUUAUUGAGCAUUCAUCUUGAUUUUUGCACAAAUCUGAUGUGGACACUGGACAAUAACUGGUCCUUAAUGAGGAUUUGUUCUGCUUUGUUUGUGAAGAGGCUAUGUGAAGCUUGCGUUUUCAUCCCGAUUUGCUUGCACUGUGGUUAUACGCUGUCCCAUUAAUACAUUUUUUUUAAUCCCACACUUUUUAGUGCAUUUUCAAUCACUUUUUUAAAAAAAGCUUCCUCACUCUGGUCUUUCAGGAAGGCUUUGGCGAUCUAUUUGUUUUGGGUAACCAAUGCAUGCGUGAGCGAUAUUUUCAGCCUGUUAUGGCAUUCCUUUUAGCUAACACCAUAUUAUAUAUUCUGGGCAGGUUGUGUGGGUUUUUUUAGUAUUGCCGGUUUAUUAUGUAAGCCACCUUGAGAGAGUUUUACUCUGAAAAGCAGCCCUAUAAAUAUUUUAUAAUAAAGUUAAACUUUAGAAAGACUGAAGCUUGUUAAGGAGAAGCUAAAGUUUAGUAGUGUUGGGCAUUGUCCCUGAGAAAGCAGGAAAUAUCUGAAUCAACUGCAUUAUUAUAUGGGUUGUGUUCAGUUCAAGAAUCAUAAACUGAUUUUUUUUUAAACCCACAAAGGAUGUUUCUAAUGCGUCUUUUGGGUUUUCAGCCACCACUGUACAAUGCAACAAUACUGUCAAGCUUUCCUUUGUGAAAUGGGAUCACUAGAAAGUGCAAAAGAAGAGACUGAUGGAUGAUGCCAGUAGCUGGGAUGUGAAAAGAAAAAACACCAUUAAGCUUUUGAUACAAUCACAAAAGUGUGUCUAAACGUGACUCCCUAGCUAUAUAAAAUGAGUAUUCUGCCCUCAUUGAAAUUCUGCCAAAGGUGCAAUGCAGUAGCAUCUUGAGAGACAAGGAUCUUGCUGCAGAGAGGAAAGUUAAGGUGGUGAUUACCUUGAAACUAGUUGUAAUGGAUGCAAACUUGUUGUCGGCUGUCUCUGGGUUGCCUAUGAGGUAGUCCCAACUAGUGAACAUUUUCCAGCUAAAAAUGAAGCUCUCAUCAUCCCCAUCGCCCGUGUCUUCAUGGGCAUUCCGGGCCAUUCUGCAGAUCAACAAAGUCAUAUACGGUUGCUUACAAUCUGCUAUUCAGCCACUAGAUGCCUCUCUUCUGUGAGCAGAGAGGUCUGUGUUAUCCAGGGCAGCACAGCUCUUUGAGACUUCUAUGUGGGCAUUUCAGGCAGCAAAUAUAUAUAAUUGUGAAUACACAUCAGGGCGAGCUGAUUCAGGAGUCCUACAUGUGUGCAUUUAUGAUGCCACAAAACUGUCAUUUGGUUUUGCCUCUGAAUGUGAAGAUUCCAUUUUAGGCUGCUACCAGUAAAACAACUUUGGUUAAACUGUUUUUUAUCACAAUUUCAUGUUUCAUAUUCUUAAGAGGGUCUCUUCUCCAUUCUUCAGAGAGUGGCUGGAAGUGGGGAGGCAGAAAAAGGCCCUCCUUUCCUUCCACUCUGCAGUUUUAAUCUGAAAUCUUAUGCACAAUACUGCGCCCAAAGCUCAGAAACUGCUCGUGCUAAUGAAAUCCCCUGUCACAAAAUGCGCCUAGAACAAUGGGAGUUUCGAAUACUAGAUUUGUGGGAUUAAGGAUUGAAAUGAGAGUUGUAAGAUAAAGAAUCCAUUCCUGGCUUUGUAUAUGGCUCAUGAAGCUCACUUUAAAUGUUUGGUGUUCCUUUUUUUAGCUUUCUGAUAGCCUUCAAUGAACUUGCAAGCCAGGAAAAAUGUUCCCAUAGUGUGCUGAGGGCAUCUUCACAUGUUAUGUAGAAGCAUUAAAAAAAGAAAAAGGAUGUGUAAGUGACCCAGGCAUGCUUUGUUCAGAAUUCCAGUGUGAUGGCCAAAGAGAAAAUGUGUGCCCCUUCGCCACAGUGAUAAGCAUGAAUGUGCAUCUUGAUUUUCCACUUUGUUGGGACUAAGUUCCCUCUUUGCACAGAAGGUAAAAGAACCCACAGGGGGUGGGCGUAAGUCACUCAAGGCUAAACUCCCACAGGACAUUAAGCAUGUGGUUUCAUACUGCACACAUCUUUUCAGAAGUUCAGAGAGGGUCAGUCCAAGAUGUUUUGCUGCCUGAGGCAACGACAAGAGGGCACCUCCCUGUUUGAACUAGACUGGCCGAUGAAUUUUAUGUCAACGCCAAUACUAGGCUAGCACACCUGAAGGCAGCAUGCUUGCUUAGGGAGUAUAGGGCAGGGUGUGUGACACAUCCAGGCCUGUCCUCCAACAUUUUCCUGUUGCUCCCCAUCCCCAAGCACCUGCUGUCUGAGGCUGCCAUUUCAUCCCACCUAAUAGCAGCCGCUGGAGCCCCUAACCAGGACUGCAAUGGUAAGGGAGCGGGGAAUUUAAAGAUUUCCUGCUGGGGCUUCCACAAAAACUUUCCCUCCGGAGCUGCUAUUUGCACAUAGAGGGGACUAUCUAUGCACCAUGUUUUGGAGCACCACAGUGACACUUUCUGUUUCCUUGACAAACUUGGAGUUUUCAAACUUGUGUUUGCAGCUUAACUGUAAAGGAUGAGGAGGCAGUUGUGGAGGGCUGUGGGGGGAUGGGGCAGGAGAUGCUUAGCUCUUUCCUAUAAAGGUAAAGGUAAAGGGACCCCUGACCAUUAGGUCCAGUCGUGACUGACUCUGGCGUUGCGGCGCUCAUCUCACUUUAUUGGCCGAGGGAGCCAGCGUACAGCUUCCGGGUCAUGUGGCCAGCAUGACUAAGCCGCUUCUGGCGAACCAGAGCAGCGCAUGGAAACGCCGUUUACCUUCCCGCAGGAGUGGCACCUAUUUAUCUACUUGCACUUUGAUGUGCUUUCGAACUGCUAGGUUGGCAGGAGCUGGGACCGAGCAACGGGAGCUCACCCCGUCGCGGGGAUUCGAACCACCGACCUUCUGAUCAGCAAGUCCUAGGCUCUGUGGUUUAACCCACAGUGCCACCCGCAUCCCUUGACCCUUUCUUAUAAUCCCUCCUAAAAUGCAUUUUCCCUCCCUGCUGGGCUUAAUUCCAGUCCUGUACCUGGCUGAGGGGAAAACUGCAAGAAAAAACUGAACUGCUUUGCCAGAGAAGUACCCACAUGUCUGAAUCGUUCAUUACAUGCAAAUGCCGCACUUCAAUGCACCACAGGCUAACCCAUAUUAUGAAAAUAUGUGAUAGUGCUGUCUCAGAGUGCAAAGGCACUCCACACUUCCCAAAUCUCUCUCAGAGCUCAAAAUCCAAUUGAAGAGUUGGAAGGGAACUCAAAGAAUGUGCUGGUCUCUUAUGACUCUAAUUCUAAACUUUAAGUCGUAUUAAUUCCAAGUGCCUAGCUAGACACAGGGGGAUUCUAGAAUCCUGAUGUUGGCAGUUGCACACAGUUCAGCAGUCAAACUGUGAAGCUGUAUUUGAAAUGAAACGUCGGGGGGAAAGGUAGGAAGUCAGAACAGAAUACAAAAUAAAGCAGAGCAUUUUGGCUCUAACACUGGACUAGCCCUAACCCUAGCUGCUACAAUAUGAUAAUUCUAGUUGUUAGGCAGCAAGGAUAGUCAGCUUCCUGGUGAUACAGCAAUCAUCGCAGUCUGGACCCUGAUGAUAGGAGGGACCUAGAGGCAAGACAGCUUAGCAUUUGAAAGGCUCUCUCCCCUGCCUUUGAGAGAGUGACCUCUGACCAGUGGGGCACCAAAGCCAGUUGGCCAGGUCUUCUUUCAGGUAGGCAACUUAAGUACCCUUUUUGCAGCAUUUGUGCGGGACUGUCUUAUCAAAAUAGUAGGGGGGCUGGUCAGAGCCUGCCUUCACAACCUUAAUGUAGGAUUUCUCAGCAGGUCCCAACCAAAUGGAAAAUCUGGAGGGGAGAGUUCAGGGUUGUGAGUCUGGGGGUCUACCUUGUGUUUUCCUCCCUACAUCCACUUUUUAAAGCAGCUUGUUCUUAGGAGCGUUUCUUCACGCCGUGUACCUGGUGCGGUUAAAAUAGAAGUACAUCAGCUUUAUAAACUGCUAGGGGUUUCAGUGCACUUUCCUGCUCGCUAAAAUGAUGCCGUUAAAAAAAUUAUUACAUCGAGUGACAAUGGAACUGCUUUGUUAGCACUCCAAGAAAAGAACUGAAUGGAUGAGAGCAGUGACUUGCCCUGUUUCAAGAAGCUUCUCGGGGACAGAAUUGGAGAGAAUUAUGGAUAACAAUAAGCAAUUUGUGCCAGGACAGGAAGCACUGCUUGGAAAGAAUGAUGCUUUUGUGGGAAUUGUAAUUAGGGGGCUUUAAUGUGGGCCUGUCCUUGCAUGCAUUUGAAGAUGUUGCUUUUCACUAAGGUGCAACCGCAUAUUUCCAUAACAUGGGUUACCCAGUGGUGCAAUGAAGCGCGGCAUUUGCAUGUAAUGAACAAUUCAUGGGGGGGUGGGUGGGUGCCAAGCUGGGUCUUUGAACCGGGUGAAAUAAAGCCUAGUUCUGCCCUGCUCUGAGUAAUUUAUAAGGGACUGUCUGGGAAACAGUCUGGGUGUGUUGGCCUUAAGAGUUCCUGGGUUUUACGAAGUUUAGAGGAGGGGGUCUGCCAUGUAAACAAGCAAACUGAUUUGGUCUCAGAGUAGCAGGGGCAGACUUUGUUGCUAUGUCACCUGUUAGCUCUCGGAUAUGGAUGAUGAAGAUCCAUUAUAGGUUAAAACUUAUCUUUUUCCCUGUUGGGUUGGCACCCUUAACGCUACUGGAUUCCUACCAAUCCAAAUGGAAAGCUACACUGCAUGAAAAGCUAAGAGGCUUGGGGUUUUCCCCACAGGCCCUGAUAGCUGUAGGUUAUGAGAAAGCGAGAGCAAUAAUCCGCCAAUGAAUCUGGGAUGUGGAACUGCAAUGCCAUGUGAGCGAGAUGAAUAAACACCCAGCAAUAAAAGAUAAUGGGAGACGAUUUACCCCAGCAAAUUAUUUGUCAAAAUUACAAAUACCUAAAUACAGAUGGUCAUUUACCCUUGCUAGAUUCAAUGUGCUGCCAUCUGCCUUAUUGCAGGGCAGAUUUGAGGGUAAACCAUACACGGAACGAGUCUGCCCCUGCGGCUUGAUGGAGAUAGAAACUGUCUCUCAUGCCUUGUUACGCUGCUGUUUCUACAGGGAUAUACGCUCGGUAUUUAUUACCCCUGCCAUGCAAAAAUCUCCAAAUGAAUCCGAACUUCAGUGUCUAAAAUCCCUGGCAGAGGACAAGGAUCCUGAGAUCACGUUAAGGGUAGCCAAAUUCUGUGCGAUAGCCAUAAAACUUAGGGAACAAGCUGUGCUAUCAUAAUGAUUAAGAUUUUAAAUGAUAAUUUUAGGCUAUAUGUUAGUGACUAAGUUUUAAUUUAUAUAUUUUUUAACUGUUGCUAUAUCUGUAUUGUCCCUGUUAUACCUAAUUGCCAAUUCAAAUGUAUCCCUAUCGUGUUUUAUGACUUCCUUGAUGUUGUAUGUGGGCUGGAACUCGUCUGUGACCGAAAUAAUAAAAUUCAUUCAGCCUUGCGCGAGGCCAACAUUUGACACCCUCUGCAGCCCUCGCCCUGCCUUCCCAAAGUCAGGUAAGAGGUGCCAGGCUUUGGGAAGGAGGAAGAAGGGCUCUAGGACCCUGUCAGAGCCCUCAUGCCUCCUUCCUGAAUCUGGGCAAGCACUUAACGGGCUUUAAAAAGGUGCCCUCCCUGACUCCGUACCCAAUGUGGGCGAACCGCUGGCACUGCCCUAAAACCGCCUCUAGGUGUACGAUACGGCAGCUGGAAGUUCUACCUGUGUUCCCUAGUGAGUUGUGGGCCAAGGAGUGCAAAGAGCUCUGGCUCAGAGCCUUUGUUUGUAAAAAAGUAAUUGCUUUGGUGCAUCCCAGGUCCCCUCCACCAGGGCUGCAAGAUUAGGAGGGCGGUGGCAGCAAAUACCAGAGAAAACUCAACUGGGAGUGUUAGGGCAAGGAAGGUGGGUGGCAAGCUUUUCUGAGCAUAACCUGUUCACCACACAAGGCAAGAAUGCACCAUAGGCUAACACUACCAGUUUGUCAGAAAAAGCCAUGCUACAGAAAGAGCUGGACUUACGAUCUUAUGACAACCAUUAUACUGUAUCCGUAUACACCGACAACGCCAACCAUGAAAUAUGCCAUUGGUAGCCUGUACUUUAGCCAGCCAAUUGUCCUUUGGUUGUUGUAGUAGCCAUAGAAAACAGCAGAAUACUUAAUGUAGCCCUAGAAGGGGAACAAAACAGCCUAAAUCAGUUUCAGCAUAUUAGAUGUUCAUUUUUAUGCAUAUCAGAUCUAAACAUAACUUCGUAAUCAGUAUUGGAUGCAAGCCUAGUGAGGGCGACAACCUGAAUUCAGUUUACUCCUCAUUGCAGAAUGAGAUGCCCAUUCAAGACUUUGCUGGUGUGCUGAUUGACGCCUACUAUUGUGGCAGGCACUUUUGAUUGGGCACAAGAGAUCAUAUAAGCAGAAGCUUUAGUUGCAUUUCCUUUUGGGCUGUGCUAAGCAAUUUUUCAGCCCAUUGCUUAUUCAAACUUCCCACUGAGUUCAAUGCGUCUUACACCCCAGGAAUUGUGCUUAGGGUGGCAACAGUCCUAGUCUGAUGAGCAACUCCUCAGCAUUAGGACAUGAAAUGUAUUGCAUUGCACCUCCCUCUUGCAGGGAUCAAUUUUUCACUCCUGCGUACAGCCCCAGUGAAGCAGCAUCCAGGAAAGGCUGCUAAAAUUAAUUUUCAUUAUCCCUUUGCAAGUUAUCUGUGUGCUGCUACCUCUGCUGUGUGUGCGAGAAAAGAAGCAAAAAUAGAAGGCAAGCAGAGAGGUCACAGAUUGCUAUUUCAUAGACGUUACUAUGUCAGACAGAAUUCUCGUACAAUCUCCAGAUCAGCUCCAUUGUCCCCGAGACAGACAGAUAGAUUUCCUUUCCCAAGUUAUGCCUUCAUAUCUCUGAGUGUGACAUGUCUGUCUUCUGAAACAAUAUUAGAAGAGACUCUAAUCUCCCCCCUCCACAUUUAGUCAAAGGGUGAUACACAGAGUAGACUCACUAAAAUCACUGGGCUUAAGUUCACUGAUUUCAGUGGGUCUGCUCUGAGUCCAAGGGCGUAUCCACAUUUAUUUUUCCUUCGUUCUUUCCAGGCAUGGUCUAUGCUUUAAAAUUCUGGGUCCGGGUGUCCUUUUUUUUUUUUUGGCCACAGAGCUUUCCCCACAAAGCCCACUCUUUAAAGCUCAAUUGGAGCAAACAUCAAUUCAUGGAAAACCCAAAUUCCCAUGAACUGGCAGGAUGAUGGUGAGAAGGAGGAAGAGGAUCCUGGCAAGGGAUGUUGCCAGGACUGGGACACACAGGGGCAAGCAGGGGACAGGGAAGGAAGUACUCACAGGGUGACAGAGGAUGAUGAGGGGGUGGGGGGGUCAGUGAACAGGAACCAGAGCAGCAGGACCCAUCAUGGGCCAGAGGGCCCCAUGUCUGCAUGCAUGUGAUGGGCUCUGAAGAGAAGGGAGCAGCGGAAGGGGUGCUCCAGGAGGCUGAGCAGACAAGGGCCCACAGACCAUCUCCCUAGCUGGCCAGGUAGGGCUUGCUAGCUCUGGGAAGAUGGGUGUGAUUCCUCAGCUGGAGUAGGCUCACAACAGGUGAGGGCCACAGGCCUCAUCAAGCCCAGAUGCUGCAAUCAGCAAGCCAAGAACAAACUGGAAGUAGAGCUGAGGUCUUGUGUCUGCUCAACUGCCUAUGUUGAUGAACCUUGGCUUGGAUGCUCCAAGACUAUGUUUUGGGUUUGACUCUGGGCUGUGUCCUGACUGCUGGACUUCAGACUUGGCUACUUGGAUUGACCCUGGAUUGCAUUUCCUGACUUUGCUCGUGUGACUUCACCCCUGGACUUGCUGCCAGGUAGGUCAGGGAUUCAGGACACCUAUUGGCAUUUGCUAAAGAGCAGUUUUUCACAGGGAAAGGUCAGGGGCAAACCUACCCCCACCCAAAUAAAAGACCCCCCGCUUGGACACAGAGCAUUUAAGCACAGACCUGUGCCUGAAAAAAGUGGGGCAAAAGUGUGGAUAAGCCCUAACUUGAUAUAUUUAUUUUAUUUUAUUUUAUUUUAGUAUUGAAUUUGUAUACAACCCUAUACCCGGAGGUCUGAGGGCGGUUCACAGAACAAAAUCAAAAUAUAAAACCACAAUAUAUAUAGUCAAAAUAAAAACAACAACCCAAUACCCCCCCAAAAGAACCACAUUUUAAAAGGGCAUAGGAUAUAUCAGCCAAAGCCUCUUUUAUUUUUGCGUAAGUUGUUUGGAAUAUACAGCCAUUUCAGUAUGAUAUCUUCCAGACAGUGGCUGCAUCCAGACCUAACACUGAUCUACAAGCAUUGCUUGUUGAACCAUAAGCUGCUUGCUGGUGUAUGCUUGAGCUCUCCCACUUUAUGAUGGAAUGGCUGGCUUAGUGUUACAUCCGAACCAGCACUUGUGGCUGGUUUCUCCCAAUCAAGCAAACCAUCACUGGGAAGUAAAAAAUAAACCUUGUCUUCAGUUUGUGGUUUUUUUGGAGAGGAAACGAACCAUGAUAACUGCACAUAAUACGAAAGUCAGCUGGUCUAUGGUUUGUGUCCCCCCUCAACUAAUGGAGGAGCAGAGCAGGAGCUGUAUGGACCAUAGUUUGUUGACCUAGCAUGAUGUCUGAAUGUACUCUUGCUGUGUACAAAAGGCUCUUUUUGUUCUUCUCUGCCUCAGCAGAGUUGCUGCUGAGACUGAGGCCGUGGGAAGAAGGCAAAUAAGGGGCACUAUGCAGCCCUGUGGAUACACGGUCAGAAUCUAUUGUGUACAUUGUUGGGACAGCUAAAGGCAAAAAGCACAACGGAAAGUCAAACACAAACGAGUUCUGUUUCGUUGUUCAUUAGAAAGUUUAUUUUCAGCUUGGGGUCUCGCUCUGUGCUUACAUUUUAUUUUGCUGGUUUUCCCCACUGCAAGAAUAAAAUGAAGAUUAUAGCCUCCAGAACACUCUGUCAGAAAUGGUGUCUUGAGCUCAAAUGAAGCCUAUUCUUUUUCCUCCUCUGUCCUCUUUUAUGUAACCCAUUUGUUGAGAAAGUCUUACAGUCUCUCUCCGAUACGCACUUUCAAAAGCAGGGUCUGCCGGGAUCAGCGCUGCUGACUGUUCAUCUACUUCCAUGCUUAAAUCUCAUCUCAGCGUUUCCCAGAUAUUAUGCUUAUGGUGCAGUUUGUGCUGAGCUUCAGUGCCUUUGCAGACAGAUUGGCUCUGUGGACCUUUGAGGCAGCAAUAUGGUGUAUGGAUCCCUACUAAGGGGAAGGCUAAUGUUUAGUCCACCCAUACACAUAGGGAGGAUUCUUGGGACUGGUUCACACAUAUAUCUACAUUGCUUGAUUUAAUUUCAGCCCAGACACUGAGAUGCAGCUCCAAAGGUCUUCUGGCUGUUCCCUCACUGAGAAGAGUGAAGUUUCAGGGAAGCAGGCAGAGGGGCCUUCUUGGCAGUGAUGCCUAAACAGCUUGAGGCCAUGAGACUUGAAGGAUUGCCUUCUCCCUUAAGUACUUGCCCCAACCUUAAGAUCUUCAAUUGAUCCUCCAGACCCUCCCUAGUAUCUAGAGAUAUGCCCUCCUAGACAGGUUUGGCUGAUGCCCAACACUUUGGUCUUCUUGGAGCUUGGUGAAGACAUUUUUGUCCUUGGACUUUCAAUUAUAGUAGGCACAUUUAUUUUAGUGCUUUCAGAUCUUUGCACUACGUUAUUCCCCUCUCUGGUUUUAUAUGCUGGUUUUAGAUUGUUUUUGUAUCAUUUAAGUGUUGCAUUGUAUUUUGUAUAUUUAAUGGCCUGCGAAUCACCCAGAAAAUCAGUUCUAUGGGUGGUAUACAAAUGAAGUAAAUAAAUGAGACAAAUCUGAAGACACCUACCUCAAAAUCCCAAAGAACAGAGAAAUCCAUGGCAGUUUUUUGCUCAGCCCUGGGUACAAUUUUUCUUGGUAUGCUUCCAUAUGGUGCUCCCAUUAAUAUCUGGAACAAGUUAAUCAUAUUUUUUUAAAAAAGAUAAUUUGUGAAGCAUUGAAAAUGUCCUUUCAUUUCCCGACCCAUCCAUAACAACACAGCAACUUGCCUUUCCUGUUGAUAAGGUGUGUUGUUUUUAAAAUGUGAGACGAAUGGGCUGAUUUAUAUGAAAAGAAAUAUCUGUCCCUCUAUCCAGAAAAUAGUCUGCACUCCAGCUGUAAUGGAUGAGGAAGGUGGGUUUGGGGCUAGUGAUAAGAGGUGGGAGAUUGAGAAGGUCUAAAGGUGGAGCUGGCAAGCUUGGGGUGGCAGCCCCUAGUCAUUUUUUUAAAAGAAAGUCUCUAGCUCUCCUAGAAAGGAAGUUUUGAGGCAAAAUGUAGAGAGUCAUUCUACGCCAGUGUUAUCCUCAAUGGUAUCACCAAUUACUGUUGGUGUGAAUAGUCUCUUUACUGAAUUGUGAGGGGCUGUGCUUUUUUGCAUUUUGUUGUCAUUAGACCCUACUUUUUACAGUUUUUCUCUAGACCCACCUAUGCCAAAGUAAUUGUGUUAGUCCAGUGGUCCUCAAACUUUUUCCCCUCUGGGCCACACUUUCAGAAUAAACAUUUGCUUGCACCACACCAACUUUUCUAUUGGUAAGAAAUACAUUGGAAAACAAAGAGGAAACAACUAGCAGUGCUUGAUUUAUAACACAGAGCGCAACUACUUUAUAAUAUGAUCGUGGGACCUCCAUAAAAUAUAAAACAAUGCAAAUACAUAAGAACACAAUCCAUUCUGUGAUGGGAUUAUGAGCUGCUUGUGCGUAAAAUCGUAUUCCCUCAGAGUUUGUUCAAGUCCACAAACCUCUGUCUGUGACUGAGCCCCUCUGACAUGGCUCCUCUAGUCACUAGAAGAUUCCGACAGUGGUUGCUUUCGUAAUCGCUUCCAACAUAAAAGCUCCUUAACGGAAACACGUCUUCUGGACUCUCUGCGUGACAGUUUCCGGCGAGGAGUGGGUGUCGCUACAGGAGGUCCGGAAACCUCACCACUGUUUUCGCUGGAAGUAUCUCUGAGCCAUCCCCCCAGCUCCCUUUCCCUCAGUUCAGCUUCUCUCCCCACUGGUUUCCUCUUCAGCUGCUGAGUCUCUUCCAACCUGUCUGAGCCCUUUCACCUCCCUCAGUUCAGCUUCUCUCCCCUUGCUGGUUCCCUCUUCAGCUGCUGAGUCUCUUCCAACCUGUCUGAGUCCUUUCACCUCCCUUCCUUCCGAUGGCAGUUCCCUGACAUCCACCUCCCCUCCAGGGCCCCCUUCACCCCCUCUCGCCCCCUCCUCUACGGGCGGUGAGGAGGCAAAACCCCGGAAUGAACUUCCUUCAUCUUCCGAUGUCUCGAACACUUCUCUCCACCUGUUGCGGUUCCUGGUCUCGAAGCACUCCUCCUCCUCCGAGUCCAUCUCCCCUUCCCCUUCCGAUUCUGGGAAUCCUUCCAACUCCUCCUCCUCCUCAGUGGUCCCAAAGUAUUCCCUCCGGAACCUCUCCACAGGCUGAGGUUUCCGCGGGAACCUUUGAUGGAACAUUUCUAUCAAUACCUCGUCAUUGAUAUCUUUGGCCAUUACCCACGUGUUUUCUGACUCCGGUUCUCCUUCCCACGCUACCAAAUACUCCACCUGAUUCCCCUUCCACCUGGCAUCAAGGAUUUCUGCCACAUGACUGCUGCAUUCUCUUUCUUCUAUGACCGGUCCCCGAGUGGCCAUCCCUUCUCGUCCCCCCUCGUACGGUGACAGUAACGACCUGUGAAAUACUGGGUGCAGUUUCAUGUGGUUGGGUAACCGGAGCCUGAAAGCCACUGGGUUGACCUGUUGAAUGACCUCAAAGGGACCCAACCUCCUGGGUCUUAAUUUCUUACAACCUCCUUUGAACGGCAACCCUCGGGUUGACAGCCACACCCUAUCUCCAACCCUUAUGGUUUCACCUUCCCUUCGGUUCUUGUCUGCCUGCCUCUUGUAUUCUUCCUUCGCCCUUUCUAAGUUGAGUUGGAGCUGACGGUGGAUUGCUUCCAUUUCUUCCACAAAAUGCUCGGCUGCCGGUACGCUCCAUCUCUCCCCUUCUCCCCUGGGAAAGCCCUGGGAUGACACCCAUAAUUAGCCAAGAAGGGGCUCAUCCCUGUGGACACAUUCUCGGCAUUGUUGUAGGCAAAUUCCGCCAGCGCCAACUUUUCUACCCAGUCAUUCUCUCUGUCAUUGACAUAACACCUCAGGUAUUGCUGGAGGACACCGUUUGCUCUUUCCGCCUGCCCGUUGGUUUCAGGGUGCCGGGCAGUCGAAAAGUUGACCUCCACCUGCAGUAAGCUCAUGAGCUUCCUCCAGAACCUGGAAGUAAAUUGUUUUCCUCGGUCUGAGACCACCCUCAAUGGCACCCCGUGCAACCUAAAAAUGUGUUCUACAAAUAACUUCGCUGUCUCUUCCGCCGUGACUGCAUGCGAGCAAGCUACAAAGUGGCACAUCUUUGUUAGUAGGUCUACCACCACCAUGAUGGCUGUUUUCCCUUUGGACUUCGGCAGAUCAGUCAUAAAAUCUAUCGACACUGCCUCCCAAGGUCGUUCUGGUGUUGGUAAGGGUUCUAAUAGCCCCGCCGGCGCCCGCCUUUCCCCUUUGGCUCGCUGGCACUGCUCGCACCCUCUUACAUACUCACGUACAUCCUCCCUCACCUUAGGCCACCAAAAUUCCCUGGUGACCAACCACAUGGUUUUGUGUUGCCCAAAAUGCCCCGCCGUGGGGCUGUCAUGCAACUGCUUGAGUACCCUCCCCCUUAAGUCUCCUUCAGGGAUAUACAGUGCCCCUUUGUAAUACAAAGCUCCAUUUCUUUCCUCGAAACCCCUGAUUCCUCUCCCUCAUCCCUAAGACCUCUGAGCUUAUUCUGGGCGUAUUCAUCAUUCUCUGUUUCUUCUACCAGUUCUCUUUGUCCCACCAAUGCCGCCCCACACACCCAGCGGUCCUCUGGAAUGACAUGUCUCUCUUCGGGUGCUCCCUCCCCUCCCAAUAUUCAGGUUUGCGUGAGAGAGCGUCCGCCCUAAUGUUCUCUGGGCCUGGCACGUAACAAAUCUCAAAGUUAAAUUUGGAGAAUUCCUGGGCCCAUCUCACUUGCCGUUGGUUGAGCACUCGUGCCGUCCUCCAAUACUCUAGGUUCUUGUGGUCAGUGCACACUUGCACCUUAUGUUGUGCGCCAAUUAGCAGGUGCCUCCAUCUCCGGAACGCCUCAUGAAUGGCUAGUAGUUCUCGGUCAUACACCGUGUAGUUCCUCUCGGAUUUGUUCAGCUUUCGCGAAAAAAAGCACACGGUCUCCACUCUGACUCCUCCUUCCCUGGCUGGAGAAGCACCGCCCCAACCGCUCUGUCUGAUGCGUCAGUUUCCACUCUCAUCGGUUUUUGUAAAUCCACAUGCAGGAGCUGUUGUUCCGAGGCGAAGGCCCUUUGUAGUUCCUCAAAUGCUUGCUCCGCCUCCUCCGUCCAAACGAACUUCUUCUUACUGCUGAGACAGUCCGUAAUGGGCGCCGUCAGGUGGGCAAAGUUUGGGAUGAACUUACGAUAGAAGUUCCCAAACCCUAAAAACCUCUGCACAUCCUUCCUUGUUUUGGGUGUUUUCCAUUCCAGUACCGCCUGGACCUUGCCGGGAUCCAUGGCCAACCCCUUGUCAGACAGGCGAUACCCCAGGAAUUCCACCUCCUUGGUAUGAAACUGACACUUCUCCAGUUUCACCCACAGCUGGUUGGCUUGCAGCCUGCUCAACACUUCUCUGACGUCUCUCACAUGCUGCUCCUCAUUCUCAGAAUACACCAACACGUCGUCUAAGAAGGCCACACAAUUCUUGUAAAGCAACGGCCCCAGGACGUGGUUCAUAAACGAUUGAAAUGUUGCGGAGCCUGCUUGUAGACCGAAGGGCAUAACUAAGUAUUCAAAUGCCCCUAAAGGGGUGAACAUGGUGGUUUUCCAUUCAUCCCCCUUCCUUAUUCGUAUCAGGUUGUACGCCCCCCUUAGAUCCAGCUUGGUGAAAAUCUUUCCCUUCCGCACCCUUGUCAAAAUGUCGUCAAUCCUGGGCAUCGGGAAGGCCACUGGUUCUGACACUGCAUUUAAGGCCCUGAAGUCACACACCAGUCUCGGCUUGUUCGUGUUUUUUGUCCACAAAAACACUGGGCUGCCCCCACCGCCCUGGACUCUCUGAUGAACCCUCUCUUCAGGUUCUUGUCAAUGAACUCUCUUAGCUCCUGCAUCUCUCUGUCUGACAUGGCGUACAGCUUGCCCACAGGGAGCUGUGCCCCAGGGAGCAAAUUGAUUUGACAGUCAAAGGCUCUAUGCGGUGGUAGUUGGUCAGCUUCCCUUUCGCUGAAGACGUCGCGGAGAUCUGCGUAUUGUCGUGGUACCUUCACGUUCUCCGUCACUUCAGUCCCUGCUAGGGUGGCUUGGGCCCCUGCCAAAACCUUUCCCUCUUUGCAAUGUUCUAAGCAAUGUGCUGACCCAAAAGAAACCACUCUUUGAUGCCAGCCCACCAGCGGAUCAUGUAACGCUAGCCAGCUCAUCCCCAAUAUAAUGGGAGCUCCUCCCAAGGUGGCCACAUUAAAUGCUAUUAGUUCGGUGUGCCUUGCCACCUUCAUUAUCAUUGGGACGGUCUGCAAGCUGACUUCUCCUCCCAACAGCUCCCUGCCAUCGAUCGUGGUUACCUGCAGGGGGUUGCUUAAAGGGAGCGUCUGUAUCUGGUGUUCAGCUGCAAACUCUUUGCUCAUGAAAUUGCAGGAGCUGCCUGAGUCCAACAGCGCCUUUAUCUUUAGAGGGUGUCCGUUUGGCAGCUCUAGUGUCACUUCUAUCACUAGGGCGGGUUUAGGAGGUUCUGGAGUGGGCACUUUCACUGCUCUUUGGCCUGGCUGCUGUGCCCCGACAAUGGCAGCCAGGCGUUGGCUUUAGUUGCUCCGGUAUUUUUCCUCUCUUCCCUCCACAGCUCCCACCAUCCCUUGCCAUUCCUUCCUCUGGGGGCAGACUCUGGCAAAGUGCCCUGGCUGUUGGCAGAGAUAGCAUUUCCGGGCGCCUUUUCCAUCCUUCUUUCCCCUUCACUGGGCUUUGAAACUGCGCGCGCGCGCGCUGUUCCGAUUUCCAUCGGCUCUGCCGGCGGGACAGUUGGCUCUGGAAUGUCUGGAAUGCGGAACUCCUUCCAACGUUCCCCUUUCCCUUCCCGCCUCUCCAAUGCUCUCGCCUCCUGGCGCGCUCCUAUGGCCAGCGCUGAUUUGGUCAGCUGGUCCAUAGACUCCGCCCUGGGCGCCCGGGAAAGUUCAUCUUUCACAGCCGAAGAAAGCCCUUCUUCAAAGAGCAUUUGAAUGGGUUCCGCCGAUAAGUCCCACCCCAAUCUGUGUAUCAGCAUGGUGAACUCAGUCCAGUACUCACGUACAGAUCGGCUCCCCUGUUUGCAAGCCAUUAACUGUCUGCGCACCAGUCCCUUUUCAAUAUCGCUGGAAAACAUCAGAUCCAUGGCGCGAAAGAACUUCAUCGUGUCCUUUAGGACGUCACUAUGCGCUGCCAUCAGGGGUCUAACCCAGUCUCUCGCCCCCUUUUCAAGAUGCCCAAUCACAAAAGCCACUCGUGAUUCCUCAUCAGGAAAUCAUCAAACUGCAGAUUGAGGGCAUAUUGCAUUUCUGUCCGAAAGCUAUGAUAGUCUUUGGGCUCCCCCCCAAAUUUCUGCACCAAUCCUGGUACCUUUCUGGCGAGCUGGGUGGCUUUCUCCCUUUGUCUGCAUCUUGAGCCCUCCUCUCCUCCAGCCUCGCCGUCUGCAGCGCCAGCUGGACCUCCAACACCCGGUACCUUUCUUCCAGGCUUGGACCCGCUCCAGCCCCUGCUUCUCCGGUUCCUGCUGGGUUGCUCAUUAUGCCUUCUCCUGCACAAGCUGCGUUCAAAGACUGUCGGAAUGCUGUGAUGGGAUUAUGAGCUGCUUGUGCGUAAAAUCGUAUUCCCUCAGAGUUUGUUCAAGUCCACAAACCUCUGUCUGUGACUGAGCCCCUCUGACAUGGCUCCUCUAGUCACUAGAAGAUUCCGACAGUGGUUGCUUUCGUAAUCGCUUCCAACAUAAAAGCUCCUUAACGGAAACACGUCUUCUGGACUCUCUGCGUGACAGUUUCCGGCGAGGAGUGGGUGUCGCUACAGGAGGUCCGGAAACCUCACCACUGUUUUCGCUGGAAGUAUCUCUGAGCCAUCCCCCAGCUCCCUUUCCCUCAGUUCAGCUUCUCUCCCCUGCUGGUUUCCUCUUCAGCUGCUGAGUCUCUUCCAACCUGUCUGAGCCCUUUCACCUCCCUCAGUUCAGCUUCUCUCCCCUUGCUGGUUCCCUCUUCAGCUGCUGAGUCUCUUCCAACCUGUCUGAGUCCUUUCACCUCCCUUCCUUCCGAUGGCAGUUCCCUGACACAUUCCCAAAAUAUAAUUAUAAUGAGCCUCUUGCAUAUGUAUCUUAAGUAUGUAUAUAUAACUCAAUGAGAGGUGUGAGCUUGCUUUCGUUGGCUAAUCUCAUUUAUAUCAAGUCUAAUUUGAGACAAACAAACUCUCAUCUCCUCAUCAACACAAAGAAGCCUUUCUCUUUUCUAAUCUUUCAUAUUUGUCAGAGUUGAAAAUCCCUGUUCACAACAAUUUGUCAUGGAGAACUGUCAAAGAAUACACAAAGCUCUGGGAGUGAGGCAUGGAUACUGUUUCUGGUUGUAUAUCCAUUCUACACAGAAAUGUUCAAAUGUUUCUUUGAUAGUCCUUGAAUAUUCCUGCCACAUUUGCCAACCUCUCUUGCCACACCAGUGUGGCAUGCCACAUCCUCCUUUGAGAACCACUGCUUUGGUGUCACAAGACUGUAGUUUUUGCUGCAACUGACUAACACAGCUGCCUCUUAAAUUAUGCUUCUUACCCUUCCCCUGUUUUAAGCAGGCUUAGUUGUGAAAUAUUCACAGUGGCAAAAUUAUAUCUGGGCACUGUAAUCCAUAUAAAUAUGGAAUUUUACUUGAAUACAUUAAGGGAACUGGUAACCAUUAUUUUAUGAACAGAUUUCUUCUGAUUUUUUUAGCAACAAAACAUUUUACAACAUCGUUUAAAACCAGUUACACACCAGAAUGGUAUUGGAUGCCAUGUGCAAAUUAACAAAAUCUAUUAGAAUAAGGGUGGGUAAAAAUCCAAAGGCUCCAUUUUUACAUGGAGUUCUUUGCAGUAUAUUAGACUAGGAACCAGAGAAUGAGAAUGAUGUUUCCUAUUAGUUAAGAAAUCUUGUGAUUUUACAAUGGUCUCCCAUUUCAUAUAGUUAACAUUGAUCUGUUGCCUCGCAUGGCUUGUAUCUGUACUGUCCUUCCGGCUUGGAAAUAAAAUAAAAUAUUGAAACUAAGAAAAUUCAGAAUAAAACCCCAGUCACCCAUACACUUAAACAUUCUCCUUUCACAACUAAUGUGUGAAGAUCAUAUUUUACAUAGCAGUAAUCUGAAUUCUGCUCAUUUUUGGCUGAUGGCAGAAUUCUUGGGGGAUGUCAUGGGUUAUAUUUCCCCUGAAUGCCGUAAAAGGAUUAUGUUUAUCUCUCUAUGCAGCACACAUUCCUCUACAAAAAGCUGGAUCAGGUUGGAGGCAUUGUUCAUGCCUGGAGAGAGGCUUUGUAGUACAACAUCCCAAAGAUUGUGAAGUAAUCUUUGUUUGUUUGUGCUGUGCUCUGUGUGUGUGUGUGUGUGUUUGCAUGCAAGAAUUCAGGAUGAUGGGGCUGAUAGAUGAUAGCAGCAAGAGGCUAGGGUGAAUUUGAUAGCUCCAUGCAGAGAAAUGUGCUGUUGCUGCCUGCACAUAUUAAAAUUAGGAAGCAAUGUGAGGUGGGGUCCAGGGUCCAGACUAAGGUUUGUAAGGGACCCCUGGACGGUUAAGUCCAGUCAGAGGCGACUAUGGAGUUGCGGCACUCAUUUCGCUUUCAGGACAAAGGAGCUGGCGUUUGUCCAUAGACAUUUUUCCGGGUCAUGUGGCCAGCAUGACUAAACCACUUCUGGCACAAUGGAAAACCGUGACGGAAACCAGAGUGCAUGGAAAUGCCGUUUACCUUCCCGUCGCAGCGGUACCUAUUUAUCUACUUGCACUGGCAUGCUCUCGUACUGCUAGGUUGGCAGGAGCUGGGACAGAGCAACGGGAGCUCACCCCGUCAUGGGUAUUCAAACCACCGACCUUCUGAUUGGCAAGCACAAGAGGCUCAGUGGUUUAGACCACAGUGCCACCCCUGUUUGUAUCCAGUGCUGUGAGAGCAGAGUUCUGCUUUCCUCUCCUCUUCCUGGGCACUCUAAAAGCCUGCUUUUGAGGGUCCCCAUGCACAUAAAAAGCUGGCUCUAGGCCACUGGCCAGUCUUUUUCAAUAUUGUCUAUACAGUGUGGCAGCAGCUGUCCCAGCUUUCAGACUGGGGUCUCUCAACAUACAUGGAGAGUGAACCUAUAACCUUCUGAAUGCAAAGCAGAUGCUUUCUGCCCCUGAGCGACAGCCUUUCCCUAGAGGUCUGCCCCGGCGUUCUAUAUGCCAUGUAUUAAAUAUCCCGUUUAGAUGGUAUGGCUUAUUGCAACAUGAGCUGAUGCAACUCAAUGUCUUCUGGGUCCAAACCCAAUUUUUUAUUGAGGAUUAUUAUUUCCAUACUUACCUCUGGAAUUAUAACUAAUCCAAAUAUCAAGCCAAACAGGACCAAGUUCACUCCAUACAUCCAACGUAGAAAUAUGAAAUAGGAGGCCACUGAAGAACCAAAAUGACCUUUAAUAAUGAGAAGGCGUCAUUAGAAAAGUGCUGAGUUCAGACAGAAUUUUCUGUGGUACAGGUACAUCAUUUAGCCCGGACACUGAGAUCCAGCACCGAGGGCCUUCUGGCGGUUCCCUCAUUGUGAGAAGUGAGGUUACAGGGAACCAGACAGAGGGCCUUCUCGGUGGUGGCGCCCGCCCUGUGGAAUACCCUCCCUUCAGAUGUGAAGGAAAUAAGCAGCUAUCUUCUCUUUAAAAGACAUCUGAAGGCAGCCCUGUUUAGGGAAGUUUUUAAUAUUUAAUGCUGUAUUGUUUUUAACACUUGAUUGGAAGCCGCCCAGAGUGGCUGGGGAAACUCAGCCAGAUGGGCGGGGAAUAAAUAAUAAAUUAUUAUUAUUAUUAUGAUCACACUGUCGGGAAUCAAGCCUUUAUUAGGAGAAACUGGCCACUCUCCAGGCACCCGGCUUGAUCUCCUGUUGACCUCCCUGUCUGCAUUCCCCAGCAGGAUACAGGCUAGGUCGCGAUAGGCGAUCCUUCUUAGCGUGAGAAGAACACCCCCCCUCUUUCCUGCCCCCCCCCGGCAGGGGAAAGAGAUAGACAGAAACGUAUUUACAUGCCUUUAUUUCUGUCUUUGCAGCAUUACAAAAAACAUGACUGCUCUCUUCAAACUCCAGCAGUCGAGAGGGAAACAAAACCUGCACUUCCUGUACAAGAGCAAAAGGAAGAGCUCAUAUUACACUCUGAGCUAAUUCCGGUGCAUUGCCCUGUGAAUUGACUGUCCCUCUGUUUCCCACGGAACAGUCCUAACAUUCCAUCAUGUGCUGUUUUCAAGCUAGCAGCUCGCGGCUGCAUUGCUUCUAUAUCGUAACACACACACAGGGCUGGCCCAGGAUGCUUUGCCACUGGAGGCAAAACCUCGCCUCUGCUCCCCCCAUAACUGUGUCCCUCUGCCAUGUCCUGCUCCUGGCUGCCUUUUCUUCAGCCUGCUGGCAGCUUACCAAUUUAUCUCACAAACCAUGCCUGGCUCUGACACACUGAGCAGGUGGCCAUCCUCUUAUCGCUGGUGAACUAUCGACACUCCCGUGUCAACCUUCAUUCUGUCAUUCUGCCUUUGGUGCCAGGUAGCUUUCUAAACUGUAAGUAAAGCCCUAUAACAAUGGAGGCACCUGCCACUUAACGUUCUCCUUGCCUGAUGCUUCUCUGCCUAGAGCUGUGCCUAUAAGAGAGAACGAAACUGUGCCCACAUGGUUCUACCUGCUUCAGAGGGAAAGGUUGUGCCCACACACUUUCUGCUUCUGCUGCCUGUGUCAAUGAGAGAAACUGGCUGAUCCCUGCUGAUGCCUCAAAGGAAACUGACUGGCCAUUGUGACUGCAUACAGAUGCAGUCCAGAUCAGGAGUGCCAACGUGGCCCUGUGACCGAGGGUGCCAGGGGCCAUGGGUGUCAUGCCCUGGCACCAUAAUUUGUGGGUGCCCAGCCCCUUCGUGGGGAAUUUUGUGGGUGCUCAGGCACCCAGGGCCCCAGGGAGUUGGCACCUAUGGUUCAGAUGGAGAAGAGACAAUGGUGACAAUAAUGCAAGAAAUGAAUCAUAGAGUUGGAAGGGACCCCGAGGGUCAUCUAGUCCAGGCUUCCUCAAGCUCAGCCCUCCAGAUGUUUUUGGCCUACAACUCCCAUGAUCCCUAGCUAGCAGGACCAGUGGUCAGGGAUGAUGGGAAUUGUAGUCUCAAAACAUCUGGAGGGCUGAGGUUGAUCUAGUCCAACUCCCUGAAAUGCAGGAAUUUGCAACUGACCCACACAGGAAUCAAACCUGCAACCUUGGUGUUAUCAGCACCACAAAAUUUCUCAAAACACAAGUUUGGCGUCUCCUCAGGCAAGCACACACCAUACUCAUGUUUUUGAGCACAUGGGACAACUGCCCGUGUUGGCUUCAGUGAAUAAAUGCAAACCAUUGAUGAAGAAUAAGCAGCCAGCAUGUGAAAAACUGGAGAAAUAUCAGGGAAUCAACCUGACGAGGGUUGUAGUUAUUCCCAUAGAACAAUAAAAAACUAAAAUUGAAGUGAUUUUUUUAAAAAAACAACACCUUAGGACUAAUAUUAAAAUAUUAUUUCCUGCACAUCUUCAUUUACCCCUGUUUGUACUGGACAAGCAAAGAAAUUAGCAUAUGCUGAAAUCCUUGUUGCAUAGUGAUUGGAUGUAGACAACAAGUUUUUAAGUGGUCAAUAACUAGCAUUCUCCUUCCACACUGAGAACGAAAUUAUUACCGUAUUUUUCGCUCUAUAAGACGCACCAGACCAUAAGACGCACCUAGGUUUUUGGAGUAGGAAAACAAGAAAAAAAAUAUUCUGAAUCUCAGAAGCCAGAACAGCAAGAGGGAUUGCUGCGCAGUGAAAGCAGCGAUCCCUCUUGCUGUUCUGGUUCUGGGAUAGCUGUGCAGCCUGCAUUCGCUCCAUAAGACGCACACACAUUUCCCCUUACUUUUUAGGAGGGAAAAAGUGAGUCUUAUAGAGCAAAAAAAUAUGGUAAGUCUGUUAUCUUGAAGUUCUCCAAAAUAAAGCAUGCAAUGUAGCUUUGAGGCUUGCUAUUUUAAUGAAAUCUUCUUUAUCUGUACACUGGAAACAGAAGUUGAAAAGCAGUGCUUAAACUUAGUAAACAAAAGAAGUGUUUUGUGAAACAGCGAGCAUGGGAUGUUUCAAAUGAGGGACAGGUCAUUAUGUUUGGGUUGUGAUGUUAAGGUUGGUCUAUGAAGAUUCUUUUUAGGGAUUUCCAAACAGUAUCGACAAGCAUUCUAUUAAAUAAGUAGAAAUGUUAGCUUACUUUCCACUUCUUUUAUCUUCAUUUCCCAUGGUAUACAUUGUGUCUUAAAAUUGUCAAAAUCUCUCUUGAACUUGACCCAUUUCUGGAAAUAAACACAGUAGAAGAUAACGUUGCUCUGGCGCUGCAGGCAGGAUUGUGGAAUUGUUAAAAUUAUUUAUUGCUGUCCUGAAAAACUAAAGAUGAGCCCCUCAUCUAAAACUGCUGGAUUUCAACUAGACAGUGACAUUGAGCUCUUUUGAUCAAUGACAGGGAGAACAAGUGGACUUUACUUUGACUCUUCUUUCCAGCAGUAUACUUUACCAUUAGGCAGAGUGAGGCAGCUGAUUUCUGAGUGCCAUGAAAGGGCAGCAAAUUGAUUAUUAUUACUAUUACUCCCAAGGAGAGGUGUAUGUGGGUUGUUGGUUUUUUUGUCAGAAGUGCCAGAAUAACUUAACUGGCCUUGGAUACUCUGCACCUUGACCUGAAAGAGGCCAUUUGCUUCUUUGCCUUUGGCAACAAAAUAUGUUGGGAAGUCCUGUUUCAAGUGAAGACACACCUAAGUACUGUAAGGUAUCCUUGUUCAUACAGCCUUCCCUAUUUAGCAGCGGUUUGGUUCUUCCAUUUAUUUCAACAUUGACUGUGCUUGAAAUAUGUAUUUCAAGUACAGUGGUACCUCAGGUUAAGAACUUUAUUUGUUCUGGAGGUCCGUUCUUAACCUGAAACUGUUCUUAACCUGAAGCACCACUUUAGCUAAUGGGGCCUCCCGCUGCCGCCGUGCUGCCGGAGCACGGUUUCUGUUCUCAUCCUGAAGCAAAGUUCUUAACUUGAGGUACUAUUUCUGGAUUAGCGGAGUCUGUAACCUGAAGCGUCUGUAACCUGAAGCGUCUGUAACCCGAGGUACCACUGUAUGGCUUUAAAAACUCAACUUCAACAUUUUGAAUUCCUGUAUUUGCAUUUUCUUUCUUUCUUUCUUUCUUUCUUUCUUUCUUUCUUUCUUUCUUUCUUUAAAACAAUACAAACAAUACAAACAAUACAAGAAUACACAAGAAUACAAAGGGGGCACAAAACCAAACCAAAACCAAAAAGAUAAUAUAAAUAAAAUUACAUAUAUAAUCCACCACCCACCCUUGACUCCCCUUCACCACAUCCCGAUUUCUGUUAUCUAUUAUAUUGAAUCUUUACAUUACAUUCCUUAUCUGAAUUAUCUUUCAUAUUUCAUUUCAAACAUCAUUCUUCUUGUAAACUCUACAGUCUUAAUCUGUACAUUUCAACAUACUGUUUUGUGAACAGUGUUUUUCUAUAUAAUCUUCAAAGCAUUUCCAUUGUAAUCUUAACUUUUGAUUACAGUAACCUUAUGGCUGCUGUAAAUUUUGCCAGUUGUAUAUAAUGACUCAUUUUACAUACGCUUUGGAGGGAAUUAUUUCACUUUUCCAUUUACUGGCUAAUACUGUUCUGGCAGCUGCUGUAGCAUGCAGGAAAAUUACUUUCUUUUCUUGUGGAAUAUCUUUCCCCAAAAGGCCCAGUAGGUAAGCCUCAGGUUUCUUUUCUAUGGGGCUCCUAAGCAUCUUUUUUUAUUUCUUCAUGUAUAAUAUCCCAGAAACAUUUUACCUUUUUGCAGCCCCACCAGACAUGGUACAUCAUCCCUUCCAAUUCUUGACACUUCCAACAUAGGUUGGAUUUUAAUUUGUAAAUUUUAGAUAAUUUUGAUAGUGUCAAGUACCAUCUAAAAAACAUUUUCAUGCAGUGCAGCAGCAAAAACACACCAAUUAAAUUACAGGAAAACCUUACAUUCAUCAGAGUUCCUCAUGUCGCUUACCUUUGCCAUCAUCAUUUUGUAGGCAUACAACUUUUUUCCUUUGCCUUUCCCCAAGGCACCUUCAAACUUUUCAACAAAAGCUUGAGCCUCCCUAAUUUAAAGUUUGAAAAGGCGGUUAUAUUAACGACAACAGCAAUAAUAAUGCAUCUCUGGAAGUUGGCAGAAGCUUUAACACUUACCGUUGUGUUGACCACAAAUGCAGUAUAACCACUGAAGUCACAGUGCUUGAGUUCUAAAACAGUGCCAAGGUCUGAGUUUCAUCAUGAAGGAAUCUGAAAUCAUGUCUGCUGUCAUGUUAUACAAAGGGGUUCUUAUCCAACAUUUCUCCUCUGUGAUGAUAUUUACACUAUAAAUGUAAACUGGUUUAAUUGCCAUGGUUUCUUCUCUCUCAACAUUGUGACUUGGUCAUUGUUGCAUCAUUGUCCAUGAACAACUUUCUUAGUAAGAUGGCAAGCCACAUUAUGUUGAGGUAGUCCUCUCUGUGUCUCCCUCCCUAGUUACGUCAACUGACAAACUCCAAAUGUCAGCUGACCAGUUUACUCAGAUUUGGAGCUUUCAGUGAGUACUAAAGGAUGUAUCUUCACCACAAAACCUACAUUUUUUUCAUGAGGGGUUACUGAUCUACAUGGUUCUCUGUGGUGCCUUGAAUUGGUGGGGGCAUUGAAGUUACUGGAAAUGGCUCACUUGAGUUCACUAAUUUCAGUUGGUUUACUCUGAGUAGGGCAUAAUUAACCACAACCCUAAUUCCUUAUGUUGUGUUUCCUUGAUACUUUAGCAUCUAGUAACUUGCCCUGCUUUCUCUUCUAGCUGUACAUGUGGGUCUUUGUAUGAAAUAAUUUGGACAUCAUUUUGCACUAUAUUAUUAUUAUUAUUAUUAUUAUUAUUAUUAUUAUUAUGAAAAACAUGCUGCCCAUUUUUCAGUUGAAAUUGAUGGUGAAUAUAAAAUAACCCACAGUUCAACUGAAUCAUAAAUCAAAAUAUCAGCAGAAAAAUCAAGACUAUAAUAAAACAAAAUGACUAUUAGAUAAACAUCAAUAUGCCAAAAAGAGAAAAUAUUCAGCCAAGGGCCUUCUUAAACAGCCAUAAUGAACCAUUAGGUUUUAAAACAGUUAAUGUACACAUGAAGCCUUAUACUGAAUCAGAUAAUUCGCUCAGUUGUCUGGUCUGAGUGGCAGCAGCUGUCCCAGACAGAAUGCUCUCCUCUCACCUGCUGAGAUGCCAAGGGCUGAACUUGAGACCUUCAGCAAGCCAGCUGUAUGCUGUACCAUUGAGCUUUAGCCACUCCCUGAUGCUGGCCAGUAAACAUUAUUAGCUGAGGGCACAUUGCGUCAUUCACUGGAAGAGCCUGGCAGCUGUACUCCACAAAUAAGUAAUUGGUGCAUUAUGUUUCUCCUAACUGCUUCCAAAUGUCUAACACCUGAAAGCUCUUGGGAAAGGAUCACUGUGAUUCGUAUAUAUAGCAAAAAGCAUAAAUAAUCAAAGAAGAGCAGAGAGCUUACUUCAACAAGGUUUCUGAAAGCCAGGCAUUUAGGCCUGUGUGUUUUAAUUGAAGCAAUAAAAUGAGCCAAAGCUGGGUAUCAGUCAAAGAGAUUUCUACUCAUCAUCUGGCCUUCAGUUACAAAGACCGAUAACAGAUUCCUGCUUUCAGUAUUCUUCUUGUUAAGGCAACCGAUAUGGCAAACAUUGGUUGCUUUCCCAAAGUGAUAUAGUGGCUGCAGGGCAGUUUCUGCCGUUUUGAAAGAGAAGCCUAAACACAUACCUAUCCCUUGUGAAAAUGGACAUCACUGGGGGGAGUGUUGCAGGUUACCUCAGCACAGCUAAUUUCUUUGCCAUCCGCCAGGGUUUGUUUCUCAUGAUCGAAAUGAGUUUCUUCUUCUCCUCCACUUGCUCCUUUAGCUUGGCCAGUUCCUCUUCGCAUAGAGACUCAUCGUCUGAGGAGUUGGGAGAUGAGGAAGAACUAGGAGCAAAAAGACAGGACCAGACCAGGGACAGUUCAUUCCUUUGUUCAUGUGGUGAGUGCUUUGAAACCUUGCAUGUAUCAGCUCAUCAAAUGCGUUCAGUUCACCAUGUGCAGUCACUGCUAUGCACAGGGUCCAGUGUUUUGUGUUCCAUUGCAAAAACAGGAGUAACACGUGCAAAAACACUCUGCAUUUGAUGACAGGUGUUGACCAUGGAUAGCUUGGCAUGUGUCACAUACUUCGUGGCUAUCGUGUGUUCAGUAAACAUGUGAAGUAAUGGUAGAUGUAAGAUACUGGGUGAUUUGGUCAAUAUUAUCCAUUACUGAUAAAGGAUGGAAAGAAGGAUGAAAUGUGGACACUGAUGCCUGAAUACACAACAGACUACAGUGGUACCUUGGUUCUCAAACACCUUAGUUCCAAAACGCCAAAAAUCCAGAAGUAAGUGUUCCGGUUUUUGAACGUUUUUCGGAAGCUGAACGUCCAAUGCAGCUCUCAGCUAUUGUUUCCGGGGCGCCUACACCAAUCAGAAGGUGCACCUUGGUUUUCGAACAUUUUGGAAGUCAAACGGACUUCUGGAACGGAUUAAGUUUGGCGCUUUUGUUUCUGCUAUUUAUUUUGUGUUUUUGUUUUUGAGGCUUUUUCGGUUAGUUUGUUUUUGUGACUGUGUGGAACCCAGUUCAGCUACUGAUUGAUUGAUUGAUUGAUUGAUUGUGUGACUGCGGAAAUGCAUAAAAGCUCCCCAUCCAAACAAUGACUAUCAUCAGUGCAGGUAAGAUUUUUUUGAUGACUGCUAAUGACUGUAGUUGGUGUUACAGGAAAAAGCAAGGGGUGAGAUGGCUAAAAAUAGCUUUUUAGUGGUUAAGAAAGCCCAACAGAGACUUCAUCUCUUCAGAGUAUUGCGAAAGAAAGAUGUCAAUCAAUAUUUGAUGAUCUCCUUCUACUGGUCCACAAUAGAAAGUGUCCUUUCAUACUGCAUCACGGUGUGGUACACUGGUUUGAUGUCAACGGAUAGGAAGUGCCUACAGAGGGUGGUGAAUACACCACAAAUUAUUAUGGGCUGCCCCGUGAAUCCGCUGGAUGAAAUAGCAGAAGAACGUUGCCUCAGGAGAGUGAGGAAAAUUCUCAGGGAUGAUUCACACCCUGGCCAGCACUUUCUUGAUCUCCUGCCCUCGGGCAGGAGAUAUAGAAGCAUGAUUAGUCGCACCAACAGGGUAAAGAACAGCUUCUAUCCAUGGGCUGUUAGGCUGCUGAAUGAAAAGAUAACAACAGGGCAACUGACUUUCGGGUUUGGUGGGUGUGCGUCAGUAAACGAGGGGAAUUAAGACUAAGAGCUGAGUGGGAGGUGCUCGUGUAAUCUCACUGUAUACAAGUUGUACAAGUGACAAUGAAGUAUUUCAAUUUCAAUAAUGAGAUAAGAAUCCAAUGUCUCUAUUCAGACCAGGUCUCUCCAUGGUUUUAAGUUUGGUAAUAAGUUGCAAUCCAGCAACUUCUCUUUCCAGUCUAUUUCUGAAAUUCUUUUGUAAUAAGACAGCUACUUUGAGAUCUUGUAUAGAAUGUCCUGGGGGACUGAAGUGUUCUCCUACUGGUUUCUCUGUCUUGUGAUUCCUGAUGUCAGAUUUAUGUCCAUUUAUCCUUUGAUGUAGGGUUUGGCCUGUUUGUCCAAUAUAGAGAGCUGAAGGGCACCAUCCAAUGCAGUUGUCGGCUAUCGUUUCAGGGGCCCCAGUGCCAAUCAGAAGCCGCGCCUUGGUUUUUGAACAUUUCAGAAGUCAAACAGAUUUCCGGAACGGAUUAAGUUUGGCACUUUUGUUUUUGCUAUUUAUUUUGCGUUUUAGUUUUUGAGGCUUUUCCGGUUAAUUUGUUUUUGUGAUUGUGUGGAACCCAGUUCAGCUACUGAUUGAUUGAUUGAUUGAUUGAUUGAUUGUGUGACUGCGGAAAUGGAUAAAAGCCCCCCCAUCCAAGCAAUGACUAUCAUCAGUGCAGGUAAGAAUUUUUUUAAUUUUUUUUUAAUCAUCUACAAUACUGUCUUAUUUAUUUUAUAGUACAGUACAUUGAUUAUUGCUUUCAUUUUAUGGACCAAUGGUCUCGUUAGAUAGUAAAAUUCAUGUUAAAUUGCUGUUUUAGGGGUUGUUUUUAAAAGUCUGGAACGGAUUAAUCCGUUUUGCAUUACUUUCUAUGGAAAAGCACGCCUUCGUUUUGAAAUGCUUUGGUUUUGGAAUGGAAUUCCAGAACAGAUUAAGUUUGAGAACCAAGGUACCACUGUAUUUGCAUUACUCCUGAAAGGCACACAUCAUUAAAUCUCAAUUUAUCUUCGUGGAGUACACAGAAGUGGUGCUGGGAAAGCAAUGGACUCCACAGAUGUUUAUUUUGCUAAGAAAAGCAGUGAUUUAAAUGUUUGUGUGCCACUCAGAACUGAUAGAAAAGCAUAGACGUUUUGUAAAUAGUUAUCUGUACCCAAGGCCCAAAUAUCAAAGUCCUUAAGCAUAUUUUGUGAUCUUUACCUCUCAUCUGCAUUUUUCUUUUUCUUCUUCUUCCCUUUUGUUUUCUUGUUUGCAGCAUCUUUUUGCUCUUUGCUGGAAACAGUUUUUCCUCCCUUAUUCUUGCCUUUUGCUGUUUCUUCCAUUUCACUUUCUUCAUCUCCAUCAACAUCAUCCCCCGCUUUCUGAUUUUUCUUUUUAUUUGUUUUCUUCCUCCUGGAACUCUCUCCAUCAUCCUCAUCACUUUCAUCAUCAGCAUCCCUCUCAUUUUCUUUUUUUGUUGCCUUAGCAGUUUCCUUUGUAUUCCUCCUUCUGACUAUCGUUUCAUCCUCUUCCUCAUCUGUAUCUAAGGGAGAAAUGCUUGUUUUCAAUAAAACUCCCAUCAGUUAAUACGGAAUAGCCUACUAGUACAGACAAGUAAUCAGAUGCAUGAAUAUACAUCCUCAAUGACUGUCGUGGUCUCUGGAUCAGCCUGGUUUUUGUAUCACACCACUAUAACAAACUUGUGUAUCUAUCGUAACAGUCAGUCAAGUGCCCUAAAGGUUAAUAAUACUAUUAUUUCAAGUAUGUUAGGAGAGACUUUUAAGACAUUCACAUAGUAGGCAAUACCAUGGGUGAGUCCCUUAUAGGAAAUUUGUGGAUUAUUUUUUUAAAUUGCUAAUUACAAUAACUGAAAACAAAUAGAAUAGACAACAUCAACAAAACAAACAAAAAAACAGCCACAAAUGAAAAAGGAAAAAUAUCAAUCCAUAAUAUAAAAGUCCAAACAAAAUUACAUAUAAUCUUGACUUCCCUCCACCCGUAUAUGACUUUCUUCUCUCAUUUUAAGUUUGAUUGUUGUGUUAUUAAUAUUAUUUUACCUUUAUACCUCUUAUAACCAAUUCCUCCUUAUCUUUACCCUGCAAACUUCAUUCAUUGCAUAUCGAUAUAUUUAUACCAGAACAAUAUUCAUAUCGUAUACCCUUGACCGAAGAACGGUACACUCCUUCUAUCUGGGAUGGUCGUCCUCUUCCACCGAGCAUGGAGCUUCGGGAGGGACGCAAAUGGAGCGGUGAGGGAGGAAGGGGAUCUAGCCAGCCAGAUCAGCUGAAUCAACCCUGGCGAUCAAUGGGGUGACAGAUGUCUCAGCCAGAUCGCCCUCACAUCCAUAUUUUUUCAUAUACUCCUUUACACAAUCCCACUCUAUCACUUUUUGGUCUGUUUAUACUCUUAUCACUGCCGUAAGUCUUGCCAAAACUAUAAAUUUGUGAAUUUAGAAGCUCCACUUCCAUGCUUAGCUCACCAGUAUGGAUUUAGUAGUUCACCAGUGCCACAGCACAAAAGUUUCGAUGCAGCAUUACAAAGAACUCCCUAACUGUAAGUGGAGUUCAUUGGAAUCAGCUGCCUUUGAGUGGUGAUGGAAUCUCCUUGCUCUCAGGUGGAUGGGUGGGCAUGCAUCUGAUAGGAUGCUUCAGGUCCAGCACACUUUGAUUCUUCUUUUGGGAUGAAGUACAGUAGACCCUCUACUUACGGCCGCCUCUACUUGGGCCUGAUCCAAGUUGUGACCAUGGCAAACCCGAAAGUAAAUACCGGGUUUGCUGCGAUUUGCGCACGUGCAUAAGCGGCUUCUGCUGUUUGUGCACACGCAGAAGCGGCUGCCGUUGUCUGCACAUGCGCAGAAGCAUGCUGAUGCCAAAUGCACCUGCACACAAUGGUGCUUUGUCAAAAGGGUGCGUUUUUUGUAGCCUUCCAAGUGCCCUCCACCCCAGUUUUUAGUUUAAAAAUCAUUUCCAAACCUGUAUGUAUGUAUGUAUGUAUGUAUGUAUGAUUGCUCCUAUGGGUCUUCCAUUAUCAUGCCAUGAUGCCAAAAAAUUGUUUUGUGGGCUCCCAAGGAACCCCCAAAUUUGUCCGUAUUUUACAAUUCUUAUUUGCCCCCUGAUAACAUAUAUUGACCACCCCAUGAGUUCCCAGCUGCAAUUGUGUGACGCCAAAACAUUUUCAUGGAAGGCGAAAGAUUUAUACGAUCUGAAGAGAAACCAGAGCAUUUUUGGACGCACCCCACCGCCACCCCCAGUUUCUUUUGGUCUCUCUUUUGGCCCAAACCGUCAGCCUGAAAAGGAUUAGCCACCCAUUUUAAGGCAAGCACACACACACACACACCCCGACGACCGGCAAUCACUGAACAAUUGCUUAUGUCACUGCCUGUAUGCAUCAGUUUAUACACACUGCAUGUAAUUCUUGGGAAAAUAAAUUCUUUAACACCAUUAAAGGCAGCUGCUAUCAUUUACCUUCACUUUCUGAGUCACUCUCCAGUUGGCCAUCUAUCUCCAUCCCGACUGCAAAACAGCAAAUGGAACGAUCAUGUUUAUUGUUGGUACUUCAGCAUAACAGUAGAUAACUCAUAAAAUGGGGUGGGGAAAACAUCUCCUAACUUUGGGCUAGAGAAAAGUAAGUUUAAAACCAUGCACAAUUCUAUUUUUUCCUGCUUUGCUAUUCUUAACAGUGUGCAAAUUACUGAUUUGCGUUUUCUUGCAAAGGAAUCUCAAAUACAUAUUCAUUGAGCACUGGGUAAGAAUUUAAAGCCAAGUUAUUUCCCACAAGGUCCAAGAAAUGGUGACCAAAUACAGGUGAUUCCAUACAAACCAUCUUCCAUAAUGACCUCUAAUUCACAUUUCUCCUUCUUCUUCUUCUUCGGCAUCUUUUUCUCUCUUGCUCGAGGAUAUUAUGGCCACCAGUUAUAUAUAUGCAGUUGCGCGCUAGGCUGCCUUCUUCGGCUACCUACUGCUGUUCACAAAGCACUGCCGUCAAGUCAACUUGCAACUACUAGUUCUCCCAGACAUUGUUCUUCUGUUACACAGCCGCUUCAGCUUACAGACUGCCGGCUGAGAGGAGAUUCGAGGUACCAAUCCUAUCCAGCCACUUUCAGCUCUGAUCUCUUUUCGACACGGAAAGCACCUGUUGGCAUUACAUUGCACAACAUUACUUAAACAUGAAGGAAAGCCCUUUGGAGAAUUCUCUGCAAUGUCUUUGGAGAGCAAUGCAAAUUCUAGUGUACACAGCACUGUGAUGGCUUAAGGAUCUCAUUUGUGGCAGAAAUGUUUGCCAAACCCUUUGCCAAACUUGAGGCGUUCCUAGAGGGGCCGGGCCCAUGAUGCACAGGCCCCAGAUCUUUUUAUCUAAGGGUUUCCAAUAUUCCUGGGUGAAUUAUGAAGAAACAGAGCAUAUGGAGGGUAUUAAAUGAGCGUAAUGGAAUUGUUCCAGAGCAGAAUCUGUUGGAAAAUUGGGAGCAAAUGAACAGAUUUGGGGUGAUCUGGGUGGCAUUCAGAUUAAAAGAAGAACUCAGUGGACCACAAGAGUACUUCAACACAGAACCCUUGGCCCACACACUGAAUUCAAUUUCUGUAUCAUAAAUUAAAGUUUUUGUAAUAUAGUUAAUACUGAAUAUACACAAUAUAUUUAAUUGAAUAUAUAUAAUUAAUUACAAAAUAUGAAAGCAGGUGAAGACUCAAGUGAUGUCGUACGUAUAUGUAGCCAUCAUAGGAGCCACCUCCUAGCUGCUGAGGUCCCUUUGGCUCCCCCAAUAAAAUAUUUGAGGGGGCUGCCCCCCAAGUUGAUGGGCAUUGCCAUUCAAAUGGUGUGUGUGCACCACAUCUUGGGAGCAAUUAUGUGGGAUGGGGCUUACCUGCCCCCCAUAUUUUAUUGAAGUUGGCAUCCCUGGUAGUCAUGCCAUGUUUCAGUGCCAUCUGUUGGCACUGAAAGCUAUUGCUUCUGAUACCGUACUCAAGGUACCCAAAGAUGACCAUACUUACAUUUUUUCUAAUAGUUUACGUUGUUGCUGAGGACUGCUAA